CGAACCAGCAGCCCUUCUAAUCGCAAUCUCUACCUGGUUUACCCACUACAGCACCGCACAAUAUGGCAACCCGUGCGCUCAACGAUGAUGAGGUGGUCACCGAGAUGAACAAGAUGGUCUUGUUCAUCAAACAAGAGGCUCAGGAGAAAGCUCGUGAGAUUCGAGUAAAGGCCGAUGAGGAGUUCGCUAUCGAGAAGGCCAGGCUCGUCAAGCAAGAACAACAAGCGAUUGACGCGCAAUACGAUAAGAAACGCAAACAAGCUGAAGUCGCUCAGAAGAUUGCGCAGUCCAAUCUCACCAACAAAGCCCGUCUAAGGCUCCUCCACCGCCGUGAAGAGCAUCUCCAAGACCUCUUCACAACGACCCGUAACGCAAUCUCCACCCUCUCCCAGAAUGCCUCCCGCUACACCCAGUUCCUGCAAGACGUCAUCCUCCAGGGUUUCCUCCAGAUCAUGGAACCAGAAAUUACAGUCCUCGCCCGUAAAGUCGACUUGGAAGCAGCGCAGGAAGCAGCGGGACAGGCCGCCAAGAAGUUCGAAGAGUUGAGUGGGAGGUCUAUCUCGUACGACGUCGAGGCUAGCUUGAGCGAUGAUUUGGCUGGUGGAGUUAAACUCAUCAGUGGUACGAGGAGGAUAACACUUGAUAACACUCUUGAUGAGCGCUUGAGAUUGCUAGAAGAUAGGAUGCUCCCUGAGAUUAGGAAGGAUCUAUAUGGUAUCAACGAGAACCGCAAGUUCUACACAUAAGCACUCACUGUCCAGACGUUACCGCAUCCCGAACACUUCCAAUACAUGACAUCACUUGCUUAACAA